AUGAAUUACUCGUGUUGUUUAUAUUGUCCUACUUGCACCAUACAAGUAAAUGCUUUAAAGAAAAGAAAACCUGUUCCUAAGUGUAGUGAAUAUAGUGACAUAGCACAGCUGAACAUCUGCAAACACAUCAUGGGUGAAAAAUGCUGGCUUUCCCUUCUGCUGCAGCUCCGGGACAUGUACUCCAAGAGCAGCAUCGCUUGUCUCACCGGGGAGGAAAUCGGAGAUUCCAUCCAAAACUUGGAUCUAAUUGAAAGUGAAGACAGAGCAGCUGAUCCCUGCUGGCAAGUAAAGUGGCACCUGGGAAAGUUAAUUAAAAAGAUGAUGUCGAGAAGCUACGAGGAAAACACAUCUGCAGUCAACGUUGAAAGGACUCUGACACUGCCACACACAGAUGGGCAGCAGCCACGUGGUCCCAUCCACAGGAUUGCGGCGCAUCUGACAGGCAACAGCAACAGGAGGAGUUCCCUGUCCCCACGCAGUAAGGAAAAACCUUUAAAAACAGUUAAAGAUCACUUGCCCAGAAGAGGGAAUGGACAAAAAAUACACAACUGGGAAUCGUCAAGGAAAGGCCCCUCUUUCCUUCACAACGUGGAGCUGAGAAAUGGCGAGUUAGUGAUACCCCAGACAGGCUUUUAUUACAUCUACUCACAGAUUUACUUUCGUUUCCGUGAAGACGAGAACGAGAAUUCAGAUUUGUUGGGACAAAUCAGGAACCCCAAACAGCUUGUCCAAUACGUUUACAAACUGACUAACUACCCUGAGCCCAUUUUGCUCAUGAAAAGUGCAAGAACAAGCUGCUGGUCUAAAAAGGCAGAAUAUGGACUUUAUUCCAUCUACCAAGGUGGUGUGUUUCAGCUGAAAAGAGAGGACAGGAUUUUUGUCUCUGUCAGUAACAGUGACAUAGUUGACAUGGACAAAGAAGCAAGUUUUUUUGGAGCCUUUAUGAUUGGUUAG